GUCCCAUUAAGAAGAGGCGUGUGGGAGUGAGAAGCUAGUGAGGUCUGCAGUUGCGAAUUCAGACAAACGCACAGAGAAGAAAGAGACCAUCAUCUCUCUAGUCUCUGCUUUCUCUCUGUUCAUCGGUUUAGAAGCCUAGAAAGAGAGAGCUAGACCUAGAAAAAAAAAAACAAAACAGAAAAAGAAAACCAUAGAAUGAAACCAACCAAUCUCAUUCUCAUUUUGAUUUCUGAUCCUCUGUUGCGCCAUUCACGGUAACAGUUAAAAUUUUUUUAAGACUGGUUUGGCCUCCGUUAGCCGAACGGCGUUGAUUUGAUUUUCCGUUAAUCUUAUGGCCAAAACCGGUGUCUUCGAUUCCGAUCCGACGUUGAUGGCUAAAGCAACGGAAUUGAAGAAAGAACUGCAGAGAUUAGUGAGGCUUAUCGUGGAUGAUGAGGAUUACCGCACGGAAAUGAUCGAUCAAGCCAGAGAGACGCUCUCUGCUUUAAGAGAGCUGAAGAUGAAGAAGAGAUCGUUGUCUCUCAAGUUACGCGAAACGCUGUUGUGUCCUGAAGAGUAUAAGUGUCCGCUUUCCAAGGAGUUGAUGAGAGAUCCCGUUGUUUUGGCUUCUGGUCAGACUUUUGAUAGAGCAUAUAUCCAAAGAUGGCUAAAAGCAGGCAAUCGGACAUGCCCAAAAACCCAGCAAGUGCUGUCUCACACUAUCCUUACUCCCAAUUACCUUAUCCGGGAAAUGAUAUCGCAAUGGUGUAAGUGUCAGGGAAUAGAAAUGCCUAAUCCAGUUCAGUAUGUUAAUGAAGAAGGAAUAUCAGAAGCAGAUCGGGAUCAUUUUCUUUCUUUGCUGGAGAAGAUGUCUGCAACUCUUGCUGAACAGAAAGAAGCUGCUAAGGAGCUUCGCUUGUUGACAAAGAGAAUGCCCUCAUUUCGGGCACUUUUUGGAGAGUCUGUUGAUGCCAUACCACAAUUGCUCAGUCCUCUCUCUGAAAGCAAUUCUAAAAGUGUGAUUCACCCCAAUCUCCAAGAAGACGUGAUAACAACACUCUUGAAUCUUUCUAUCCAUGACAACAACAAAAAGCUUGUUGCUGAAACCCCCAUGGUGAUUCCUCUUCUUAUGGAAGCAUUGAGAUCCGGGACCAUCGAAACAAGGAGCAACGCAGCUGCUGCUCUUUUCACUUUAUCUGCUCUUGAUUCCAAUAAGGAACUUAUCGGAAAAUCUGGAGCCUUAAAACCGCUCAUUGAUCUUUUAGACGAGGGUCAUGCAUUAGCAAUGAAAGAUGUUGCCUCUGCAUUGUUUAACCUAUGUAUUAUCCAUGAAAACAAUGCUAGAGCUGUGAGAGAUGGCGCAGUCAAAAUUAUUUUAAAGAAAAUUGCGGAUGGUGUGCAUGUAGAUGAAUUAUUGGCUAUUUUUGCAAUGCUUUCUACUAACCAAAGAGCUGUUCAGGAAAUGGGUGAUCUUGGAGCUGUGUCUUGCUUGCUUCGCAUAAUUAGGGAAAGUACUUGUGAGCGCAAUAAGGAAAAUUGCAUUGCGAUCCUCCACACCAUCUUUUUGAAUGAUCGAACCAAAUGGAGAGCAAUGAAGGAAGAGGAGAAUACCUAUGGGACAAUAUCUAAGCUUGCUCAAGAUGGAACUGCAAGGGCCAAGAGAAAAGCUAAUGGUAUUCUUGAGAGACUCAAGAGGGCUGUUAAUAUUACUCAUACUGCAUGAAGAAGUUUGCAGAAUUACUGAACACCCAUUUGUAAAUUCUACUUCUGUUUCCCAGAUCUUUGGUUGUCAAAGCUACUCAUCUUCAGUCACCAUUUUGUAAAUUCUUGAAUUCCAGUUUCAUGUUUAUGAGUUAGUUGCUGUGAAUAAAUACGCCAGGAAGCUUUAUUAAAAGAUUUUACCCUUUGGUCGGCUCAA